AUGACCAGCGUCGCGAUGGUCAUGAGUACAGGCACGCUCGCAACGGCCCACGUGCCGAACGCGGCGACCGAGAAGCUGAAAAUUGGCACGGAGCCCCUCGGACGCCUCAUCGGUGGCAUUCUCCUCGUUUUCGCUCGUAAGGCCCUGAAACUUGACAAUGUCCGUACUCAGGACCUACGUACACGGUCAUUGGUAUCUUCAUCCGAUCAGCGCAUUCGGUUUCUCGUCCUUUUUGGUUUCCCCACAAACUUCUCCACGAUUCUCAUCAAAACUUGCCGAUACUACCGUGACUGGCAACAAAACCAGGGCAAUGAAUUCCUCAAUAUCGUCGAUUAUAACCGCCAAAUCGCCUGCAAAGUCUUCGAUAUGCCUCCGAAUGUCAUUGGCUUGGUCAUUUUCUAG